CUCCAGGCUGCAGAUAAAGACUUCCUAUCAACUCCACUCAUCACACAUAUCGGUGCGGUCAAGCGUGUACGGUUCCUGCACUAUGGUCAGCUGUUUGAGGUUUUUUCCUAUAGCACACAUCUACAGAUUCAGUGUUUAGAAUUUUUGGUUCAUUCAAUUUACAUUCUAUUUCGGUAUUUGGUAUCUCAUUGCUACUCAGUAGCAAACUUCACAAUAACACUAGCGAUUCUGUUGUGUGUAGUAAAUAGACGAGGUACAAUCUCAUAAAUAUAAAUGCAAAAUUGGCCGUCACCUUCAGUCCAGUGAUGCAGAUGUUUACUCUGACUUCGUUUGGCUGUUCCUGUGUUUCGUCUGAUACUGUUUGGUAUUAUAGUAAGCAGUAAAAACAGCUGCGAGUGAAAGAAUCUGCGUUCAUAUCACAUUGACACAAAUUGGUGGCAAUAAAACAGAUUGGAAAUUUUGAUAAAAUUAUCAACUACUUCCAUCGGUAUAUCACAAAACAGUGAUUUCUGUUCAUAAAAGGAACGAGAUACCAUGGCUUCCGAGCGCCGAUUAACACAGUUCAGGAACUGCAGGCUGAUGCGAGAACAUCAAUUGAUCCGGGAUGACUUGUGGGUCCGGGAUGGCAAAAUAAUCGACCCGGAAAAGGUGUUUUUCGACGAGAAACGACAAGCGCACGUUCAGAUUGACUGCAAUGGGGCAAUAUUGGCGCCAGGGUUCAUAGAUUUGCAAAUCAACGGGGGAUACGGCGUUGAUUUUUCCUAUGAUAUUGCAACUGUCGAACAAGGCGUUGCCAAGGUAUCCAAAGGACUUCUUACACAUGGCGUCACCUCAUACUGCCCAACAUUGGUCACAUCACCAUCGGACACAUAUCAUACAGUACUACCGAAAAUCUCCAAAAAACCUGGUGGACAUCAUGGUGCUACUAUUUUGGGUUGCCACGUCGAAGGUCCAUUCAUCAACAGUAGCAAAAAGGGAGCGCACCCACAGGACUGCAUUAAGGAGUUCGACGAAGGUUUCAAAACACUGUUAGACAUGUACGGAUCGCUUGACAACAUCUGCAUCGUAACACUUGCACCAGAGAAAGAAGGCGCAUCAGAAGUAAUUCGUGAACUGAGUAAUCGCGGCAUCACCGUAUCGGUUGGUCACUCCAUGGCUAAUCUAUCGGAUGGUGAAAUAGCGGUGCAACAUGGAGCAAAGCUAAUAACACAUCUAUUCAACGCAAUGCUACCGUUCCAUCAUCGGGAUCCCGGUUUAGUGGGGCUGCUGACUACGGAUAACAUUCCAGCAAAUAAACUAGUCUACUUUGGCAUCAUUUCUGACGGAGUUCACACUCACCCAGCGGCAUUAAGGAUUGCUUACAAAACUCACCCUGAAGGACUGAUACUGGUAACGGAUGCUAUUUCGGCAAUGGGGUUGACUGAUGGCAGACAUAGAAUCGGACAAAUGGACAUCGAGGUCCGUCGCGGACGGGCCUAUGUCGCCAAUACUGAUACCCUUUGUGGAAGUAUCGCACCGAUGGAUGAAUGUAUUCGGUUCUUUAAAAAAGCUUCAAAUUGCUCUAUCGAAUACGCAUUAGAGGCCGCCUCUUUGCAUCCGGCAAAAUGUAUAGGAAUCGAGAAUCAAAAAGGCACACUCAAAUAUGGAGCUGAUGCAGAUUUUGUCAUUUUGGACGAUUCGUUGAAUGUGCUAUCCACAUGGAUCGCGGGAGAAUGCGUGUAUGAGAACACAUCUGUGUCGUCGGAGUUGAAAUCUAAAUAUCAAACAAAUAAUAUUGUCUGAUAUAAAUAGUCGUGUCGUUCCGUUGCAGAGCAACGGCCUGAUGCCUCUUAUGGUCUAAGUCAUGCAUUUAUAACAAUACUUUGAAAGACGUAAUAUAUACACCAAAUCGAAUAAAUGUUUUCCACUAUUUAGAUUUUUUAAAUAAAAGGCUUAUAUGAUGUCCAGUGUUUAUAUCAACUUAAUUGAUAGUAACAGUUGGAAUUUUAUAUUUAAUUUCAAUGAUCAUUAAAUCGAUAUAUCCUUAUCCAUACAAACCAAGUUGGGAAAAUACAAAUUCUUAGCAAUAAUAUAUAA